AUGUUACAUCUUCCUUCAUCAUCGGGGGGUGGCCGAAGGUCUCGCCAACAGCCUGAACAGGCCCAAAUAAUCGAGACAAACGCUGCUCGUUGCGAGCGCCCAAUCAUUUGGAGAUGCCGAUGGCUCGAUGGAUGGGCCGGGGUAUAUACACAAUCCAACCAUAUCCUGAAUCGAGGAAUCGGGGUCACUAAAUAUGGCGCCCCGGAAGAAAUACAGAUGCACUGGGCACUGAAAAUCGGCCCUUAUCUUUAUGAGCUACAGACCGACGAGAACUUGGAAAUAACUUGGCGUUAUGUGGAUGAGACCAGGUGGGAAUCUUGGAAGUCUGCCAACCCAGACAGACUCGUCGGAGAAACAACAGCAACAGAUGCUGAGCUAGCAAGCAUGUACCUAGCCGAGGGAGUCGUUUCACUCAUGAAAACCGCCGAUCCGACAUCGUCCUCCCCGAGGGCAAAAUAUAACGUUAUUCGAAACAACUGCCACACAUUCGCACUCGGCCUUUUACAGGCUGCUCUUAGCUCCGAUGUUGGGGAAGUCAGCUCGCCAAAUUCACGCGCACUUGCGGGUUUGACUAAAAUGGUCGCUGUUUCAAGCGACCAUAGCGUAACCGAAGUAUACAAAUCCCCCACUGCAUGGGCACGAGCGGUCAAAGACAUGUGGACGGGCCAGCUUCGGAAAAGGCACUUUGAAGGUUUAUUACCUGACUACGAAAGUGGCGCUGUUAUGGAGGAAAAGUAUCGACAACGAGGAUUGAUAUACUAA